AAUAUUUCAUCUGAUUGAUGUUGAAAUGAAGCUGCUCCUGGUUGCUGUUCUCAUCUUCACCAAUUCCUCUGUUGGUGUAAAAAUUCAGCAGCCUCCAUCUUUAUUCAGCCGUGAAGGAGACUCGGCUGUAACUCUGCAGUGUGAACAAGAUGCCAAGGAUCAUUACUACAUGUUCUGGUACAGACAACGCAGCAGCAGGGAAAUGCAGCUGGUCACAUACUCCAUCACUGUUAACCUGGGGAGCAUUGAAGCUCCUUUCAACAGCACCAAGUACACCAUGUCCCGGCCUGCAAUACUUAGCUCCUCUCUGCAGAUCCACCCUGUCGAGGCCGGAGACUCAGCUGUGUUUUACUGUGCCUCCAGUAUAGGUGCCAAUAACGAAGCCUAUUUCGGCCAGGGAACUAAACUGACUGUUCUCGAACCAGGACUUAAUAUCGCCGAACCAACAGUCAAAGUGCUUCCACCUUCUCCAGAGGAGUGUCAGAAGAAGACCAUUGUUUGUGUGGCCAGUGGAUUCUACCCAGACCAUGUUACUGUAACCUGGCUGAUCGACGGGCAGCAGAUCAACGAGAGCAACUGGAACGUCACCGACAGAGUUGCCCUCCGGGAAGAAAACUAUUACAAAAUCACCAGCAGGCUGAGGGUCUCUGAAAACGACUGGUUCACACGCGACAAAGAGUUCACCUGCACCGUCAGCUUCUUCAAUGGGACACAUACUAAACAUUUUCCAAAAACAAUUUAUGGGGUAAAAGCUAAAGAAGGAGUCCUGACAAGAGAGAAAUAUUUGAGGGUCACACUGACCGCCAAAUACUCCUACGGUGUUUUCAUCAUCAAGAGCAUCGUCUACGGAGCCUUCGUGGCGUUCCUGGUGUGGAAGCUUCAGAGAUUAGCCGGGAAGCAGAACGACUGACAGCGGAGGUCAGAAUAAAUAAAUCUAGGAGAUCAAUAGUGUUUGAUUCUGUAAAUAAGGUGGACAAGUUAUACAUCCACGUCGUUGUAUGUUGCAGUGCAUUUACACUCUGCUAAAAUAGAGGAACAGUUCUGUGCAUAUUGUUGUUAAAACUGCCAUACAAAUAUUUUGGGUACCAACUUUUUACAAGUACUUAUAACAAUAAUUCUGUGUUUGUGGUCGUGAAUUGCUUGGUUGCUUGAUUUUCUUCUCAAUAAAAGUAUUUCAGAGGA